CCUUUUGGGCUUUCUGAUUAUCAUUUUCAUUCUAGUAGGGGAAUUCGACUGUACAAAAUAUCACAUGGAGCUGAGUGCCAAGAGGCGUGAGUUCGAUGACGUAAGCUCGGAUCGCCGAAGUUCAGCUCGUCCGCAGUCAGCUUGCUUUCCCUCUCCACAUCCUCAGCUUGCAGUGUAGUAAUUCGCAAUGGAUUUCAUCUGCAUUCCAUUAGUAUUCGGUUGUCCGACGAAAAUCAGUCAAACUGAUGAUGGCACUAAUGCUAGAGUGGUCUCCGUUAUCUCGGCCAAAUCACGAACAUGGUUCGAAUUCUGCUUCGUACCUCUUAUCCCCAUGUCUUCGCACCACAUCUGGUUCUGCGGAAUUUGUAGCUGGGAAGCUCGUCAAGGUCAAGGCUUUGAGCCUAUGUUACCUGGUCAGGGUCCUCCUCCCGGUCCAUGGCAGCAAGGGUGGUAUCCUGGGCCCCAGUCGCCACCCCGAGCUCAUGCGCCACCAAAGAAUUCCUAGCAUGGCAAUGGUUGUAUGCUCUGGUGACGGUAGCCAGAAAGACAGUCAAUAAGGAAUGGAAUGGACGUUCGAAAUUUUGCUUGUAUUCAGAUUGUGUCAUGUACUCAUCCUACUGUGCAUUAAGUG